GAAUUUCAAGAAAUGGCAGCACUUGCUCUAGGAUCCUGUGACAUGGAAACAGUAAAUGGUUCAAGUGUUGUUGGGAUGACAAUAAGUCAAAUAAAUGCAACCCUCCAACAGGUCCAGCCUACCACUACACGGACAAUGAAACGAUUACCAAUCCGUGUCAAAGGAGAGUGUUUUCUUGAUACUCGAGAGGAGGAAAUGAGAUGUUCUUUAGAGAUUCUGAGUCUAAACCACUGUGAAGAAACCAGUCCUGAAUUCAUUGAAUCUGAAAAGGAGACAAUUGAGCAGCAGUUUUACCAUGGAGGAAAAGUAACUUGGAUUAAUCUCUGGCUUGCGGAUAAAAACAUUGUCGGGGAGGUUAUUCAAAGAGAUGCUUACAGUGAAGUCAACAGUCUGGUGAAGGACUGUCUUUGUUGGAGUUUGGAUCGGGCACCCAUCAGCUGCAUCAACAUAUACCAUCAUCCGGGCAGCGGUGGUAGUACAGUGGCAAGGCAGAUACUGUGGAAUAACCGAAGAGAUCUAAGGUGUGCAGUUGUAAAACCUUCAUACUCCGCAACAGUUGUUUCAGAAGAUGCCAUCUGGCUUCGAGAAUAUGAAGAAAAAGAUCCCCAAAAAUGCCUCCCUGUACUUCUGCUGUUUGAAGACUGUGAUCAAGAGUAUUUAGAAGAUGUCAAGCAUGAAUUGGAAGUGGCUGUCAAUACCAAGAAAAUAGCACGUGGAACUCUCUGCUUCAUCCUGCUGAGUUGUAGGAGAUCUCACAAUCCAGAGAAAAUGUGCAAGGAAUCUGUUCAACAGAAUGUUUCUAUUACUCAUAAGCUUUCAGAGACAGAAAAAAAGCAGUUUUCCAAAAAACGACAAAGCCUUGAAGAACAGUUCAAGCCAGAAUUCAUUCUAACAUUUGUCCUGAUGAGUGAGGAAUUUGAGAGCCACAAAAUUGCUGAAUAUGUGAAGCAGUUUGUCAAGCAUUUACUGCAAGGCAUUGAUCACAAUUCUGUUGUUACUAAGCUUGUUCUGUAUGUGGCAUUGCUCAACACUUACGUGCAGAACUCAUUCAUCUCUCAGUCACAUUGCGAAGCUCUCCUGGCUCUUUCCUGUCAUUUGGAUAGAUUUAGACAACAUGCCUUUGAGACUUCUCUAAGUGAGCAAGCUAGAUUGGUCUUAAUACAUUUGAGAGAUGAAAACACCUACAUUACCUUGAUCAGAAUCAUUCAUCCAUUCAUUGGUUGCCAAGGAAAUCCUCCACCAACUUUUGGGUGACAAGGAACCACAAAGUCGUCUCG